AUGUUGAAAUCUAUAUCAAGGACUUUUGGAUAUAUCCCCAAAAACGAAAUUCUUUUUACUCGAGGCAAAUAUAAAGUUUUAGAGAACAAAAGUAUAAAUUUCAUAGGAGCAGGUGCCAACUUCUUAUCAUUAGGAAUGUUUUACAAAUUCGCUUCAGGAAUAUAUCAUCAUUACUCAACAAUGAGUACGCUCGCUUUUGUUUUUGAUUCUACAGUAUGCUUUGGAGCAGGUUUACUUUCAUUGAGUAUUGCAGGUGCAGUGGGUGGUAUUGUAUCAAAACUAUGCUUAUUAGAAAAUGGGAACAUUGAAGUUACUACAGCUGCAGUUUGGGGAUGGCCAAGAAAAACGAUAAUAAGCCAAGCUGAUCUUGUGGAUACUGCAGCAGAUAAAGAUAUUGUUGAGAGAGCUAAAAAGAGAGAAUCAUUGGCUAUCGCUACUAAAUAUAAAACAUAUUAUUGACUUUUCCCAUAUGGAACUAAGGUUAAAGAUAAACAAAUAGCUCACUGCUUCUUAAAAGGGAUUGAAGUUCAAAUAAACCAAUAA